UCUCACGGGUGGGGGCUGGGAGGGGCAGACUGAGAGGUGGGGGGGCGGACAAAGGGGCCCUCGGUGCAGCUCCUGCCAGUCCCCGCGUGCGCCCGGCCCGGCCGGCAGGCCACAUCUGGAAUUCAUUGCAGCCGCAGCCGGAAAGAGGAGAGGAGGGCGGGGCGAGCGGGGGGCAGAAGCGGUGGCUUUCCCCGCCCCCACUUCUGUCCCUGGUCCCUGCCCCGGGACGCUGCCGAGCCCGGCGGGCAGUCCCAGCCCCAGCCGCGGCCGCCCCAGGGACGCAGACGCCAAGGCCCCUCCGGCCAGGGCAGGGAGCCGGGUCGGCCUUGCCAGUUCUGACAGCCCCAUGGCCCCAGCGGGCCUCUGAGCCCCACCAUGGGCAGCUUGUACUCGGAGUACCUGAACCCCAACAAGGUCCAGGAACACUAUAAUUAUACCAAGGAGACGCUGGAAACGCAGCAGACGAGCUCCCGCCAGGUGGCCUCGGCCUUCAUCAUCAUCCUCUGUUGCGCCAUCGUGGUGGAAAACCUGCUGGUGCUCAUCGCAGUGGCCCGCAACAGCAAGUUCCACUCGGCCAUGUACCUGUUCCUGGGGAACCUGGCCGCCUCUGAUCUGCUGGCAGGCAUGGCCUUCGUAGCCAAUACCCUGCUCUCCGGCUCUGUCACACUGAGGCUGACGCCUGUGCAGUGGUUUGCCCGGGAGGGCUCCGCCUUCAUCACGCUCUCUGCCUCCGUCUUCAGCCUCCUGGCCAUCGCCAUUGAGCGCCACGUGGCCAUUGCCAAAGUCAAGCUGUACGGCAGUGACAAGAGCUGCCGCAUGCUGCUGCUCAUCGGGGCCUCGUGGCUCAUCUCGCUGGUUCUCGGAGGCCUGCCCAUCCUUGGCUGGAACUGCCUGGGCCACCUCGAGGCCUGCUCCACCGUCCUGCCUCUCUAUGCCAAGCAUUAUGUGCUGUGCGUGGUGACCAUCUUCUCCAUCAUUCUGUUGGCCAUCGUGGCGCUGUAUGUGCGCAUCUACUGCGUGGUCCGCUCAAGCCACGCUGACGUGGCCGGCCCACAGACACUAGCCCUGCUCAAGACGGUCACCAUUGUGCUGGGCGUCUUUAUCGUCUGCUGGCUGCCCGCCUUCAGCAUCCUCCUCCUGGACUAUGCCUGUCCCAUCCGCUCCUGCGCAAUCCUCUACAAAGCCCACUACUUUUUCGCCUUUGCCACCCUGAAUUCGCUGCUCAACCCUGUCAUUUACACGUGGCGCAGCCGGGACCUUCGGCGGGAGGUGCUUCGGCCGCUGCAGUGCUGGCGGCGGGGGACGGGGGUGCAAGGACGCAGGCGGUCUGGGACCCCGGGCCACCGCCUCCUGCCACUCCGAAGCUCCAGCUCCCUGGAGAGAGGCAUGCAUAUGCCCACAUCGCCCACGUUUCUGGAGGGCAACACGGGGGUCUGAGGGUCAGGUGGAACAACCAGGCCAGGGCACAGAGCGGUUCACAGAGAGGCCACUGGGUGACCCCAGACAGAGACGAGGGGCUGCUGAGCCAGAUGCCCCACCCCACGGACCUGGGUGAUGUUACAAGUAUUUCACACCUGGAAAGGCCAGAUAAGGCACUGACUAGUCACAUAGCAGUCGGGUCCUGAAGGCCAGUGUGGUGGCAAAUGUGACUCCUUUAGAACUGGAUCCUGGGGAGGCCAGGGCAGGGCACCUGUGAAGAGCCAGAGUGACGGCAGGUAGAAUUUAGGGGAGCUCAAGGCAGGAGCACUUUACUACCUGGUACCAAGGAUUUCUCCUUUCUUUUCUCCCUCCCUCCCUCCCUCCCUUCCUUCUCCUCCCUCCCUCCCUCCCUCCCUCUCUCCUUCUUUCUUAUCUUGCUAUGUUGCCCAGGCUGGAACUCAGCAGAGAGGUCUCAGCUCACUGCAACCUCUGCCUCCCGGGUUCAAGCGAUUCUCCUGCCUCCGCUUCCCAAGUAGCUGGGAUUACAGGCUCCCGCCACCAUGCCCAGCAAACUUUUUUUGUAUUUUUCAUAGAGACAGGGUUUUACCAUGUUGGCCAGGCUGGUCUCGAACUCCUGACCUCAUGAUCUGCCUGCCUUGGCCUCCCAAGGGCUGGGAUUACAGGCGUGAGCCACCAUGGUACCCCCAUGCCUGGGGGCACAAAGAAUGACCACGUUUUCCUUUCUGGCCCCCAGCCCUGCACUGAUGUCUCCUCUUCGAAUGUAUCCCUCCUGCCACCUUCUCUGGGUCAUUUCAUGCAACUUCAGAACCACUGUCCCGAAGAGCGAGAGGCCUUCUCUCUGACCCUCCGGGGCCCAAAUCCACAGCUUCCCCAAAUUUCAUCAGCUUCCAUUUCGGACUUCUUCCCGUCUCUCUGAGUCUCGGAAACCACAGCUAGAAGUGGAACGGGGACGGCGCUGAGGCCCAUUCCUCAUUCUCACACUUCAUUGGUCGAUUGCACUAUUUGGGGCACAGAGGAAUCACCAGAGAUGGGAAAAUCAGCUUGAGGGUGCUGUGGAGGGCUUUGGGACUUUGACGUGGGGCGGGUGCAACUUGAGAAAAUUCUAGGGGGUCAAUGUUUGCACAGACAUCCCCCUUUGAAAAACAGCCACCCUUCAGCUAGUCUCAGCUCCACACCUGCAGCUUCAGCUGAAGUACCCGGUCUCCCAAGCAAGACAGAGUGAAGUCUUGAGCCUGAGCCCCUCUGUGUCUUCUUUCAAGAGUUUUUUUUGGGGGGAAAGUUUCAAGAUUUUUGUUUUGUUUUGUUUAUUUGAGACAGAAUCUCACUGUUACCCAGGCUGGAGUGUAAUGGCACGAUCUCAGCUCACUGCAACCUCUGCCUCCCAGGUUCAAGCAAUUCUCCUGCCUCAACCUCCUGAAUAGCUGGGACUACAGGCACCUGUCACCACACCUGGCUGAUUUUUGUAUUUUUAGUAGAGACGGGGUUUCACUAUGUUGGCCAGGCUGGUCUCAGACUCCUGACCUCAAAUGAUCUGCCCGCCUCAGCCUCCCAAAGUGCUGGGAUUACAGGCAUUAGCCACCACGCCCAACCUUCUUCUUUCAAGUUAUAUUGAAUGGAGCAUGGGAGUGGUGGUGGCUAGGGACAUUUCCUGGGGACGUUCUCCCCUAAUCUGCCCCAGAAGAACUUCGCUAAACCCUGUGGAUAAUGGAAGGUUUGUUACGGUACAAACGUGUAUUUAUGUGUCUGUGUGUGUGCGUAGGUGUGAUGUUUGACCCCCUCUCCCCAUCAUGUUUCCCCUGGAAUGAAUGCUGUUGGGUCUUCUCAAGUUCGUGUUGAAGCUGCCAAAGUCAGGGGGGGAUCUGGUCCUGCCCAUCCCCCUAUGGGAGAGCUGGGGUGCAGCUCACCUUGGGGGAAGAAAACCUCAUGCCUCAAAGUAAUUUCUUGUGAAUGCAAAGGCUGGGGGAGCAGGUCUUUGGGGGGCAAGGAGCCAGUCAGGGGCUUGUCUCCUCUCAUAGAGCUCCCCAGAUGCACCCCCGAACCCCAAUGCCUGAGAACCAGAUCUAGGCUAAUAAACGGUUCAGUUUCUCUUU